AUCAUUCAAUGAUAACGUUAUAGCGUUUGUAGCGCAAAUAGCGACUCCCCGAACGCGCCCUAUAUAUGUUCGAAGCAACUGACGUACCGGCCAAAUUUACUUGAUUCAAAAACAUCGGAAACAACGUUCGUAGAGAUUUCGUAAAGGAUUUUCUGAAUCGAUUGCUGAAUUCUGAAAAAUCGCCGAAUUACAAUUAAUAAUUAAAUUAACGGCUACUUUUAAUACAUUUCGGAGAGAAUUAAUAUUCGGUAAUGGCCGACGACGAGUUCGACGCAGACGAAGUUGCAGACGAGUUCGAUGAUGCCGACGACGAUGAUAACAUUGAAUUAGACGGCCACGAGGAAGACGUGGAAAACAUCGAACUCUUGGCUCCAGGAGAGGUUUCCGGAGGGGUUCAAAAAUCGAAACGCAUUACUACCCGAUAUAUGACCAAGUACGAAAGAGCUCGAGUUUUGGGGACUCGAGCACUUCAAAUAGCAAUGUGUGCUCCUGUCAUGGUAGAACUGGAAGGAGAAACAGAUCCACUGCAAAUUGCUAUGAAAGAGCUUAAACAACGCAAAAUUCCUAUUGUCAUUCGUCGUUACUUACCGGACAACAGUUACGAAGACUGGGGCAUAGAUGAAUUGAUAAUUAUUGACCAUUAAAUGUGCAAUCGCUAGCAAAUCUGCUUACCGAUGAAGUUUGUGUCGUUGAAAUGUAAAACAAAUUUUAGUGUUUCAAAAAUGGUUGAUAUUUUUCCUGCUUAAUUAUUCCCUCAGUUUCUGGAACUAAAAUGGAAAAAUUUCAUUGGGGAAAGGUUCUUGAUAAAGACGAAAACCAUUCCUGUGAAUUUUGAUGAUGAAAACUUCAUAACCAACGAAUGUACAUUGUUCUCUGUAUUUUUAUAUUUAUUUCAUAUCAGUGCGAACUUGAAGAAGAAUCGAAUAAAAGAUGAGGAGUUUUUAUUUUCCAAA